UCCUUCCCUCCUCCAGGCAGGAAAGCACUAGCAGCUCUGUCUCAUAGGUUGGCAGGAAAUUUAAGACAGCAGUAAGCUGCUGCUUGGACCACCCCCAGGCUUUUUUUUUUCCUGUUGAUGCAGGAGACUAUUUAAUUGAGGGCUGAUUUGUCAAACUUACUUGUUGACGCUCACCAGUACCUGCCUAAACACUGACGGUGAUUCUUUCCCUUCCUUCCUCCUCUUUUGGACAAACACCCCACAAUGAAGAUGCUGCUGAGCCUGAUUGCUCUGCUCUCUGCAGCCCUGCUAGCCAGUGCAGCCCCUCCGACUUGCUACUCGAGGGUGUUGUCUCUGAGCAAAGAAAUCACAGAGUCCUUUAAGGAGUUGCAGACCUCCAAAGAUGUGGACUCGUGUGUGGAGACACUGCCCAGGCUGUAUUUGGACAUACAUAAUUACUGUGUAUUGGCAAAGCUCCGUGAUUUUGUGGCCUACCCCAGAUGUGAUACGGUGCUUGAAGUGAACGAGCUGAAGGAAAAAGCCCGGAGCCUGUACACCAUCUUGAUCUCCUACUGCAGAAGGGACUUGGUGUUCCUCACUGAUGAUUGUAAUGCUCUGGAAAUUCCCAUUGAACACUCCAUCACUGAGAGCUAAAAGGGAGUUAACUCAAAAGUUGUACCCGGGAAAUUUUCAAGGAGAUUAAGAGUCAAAAUAUAUAUAUAUGCAGUCUACAGUGUUAACAAGCACACUAGCAAUAUUAUCUCAGACCUACCCAUUUUUCUCCACCUUGGCAGGAAAUGAAUUGCAUGCCUUGCAUACCUACUGAGCUGCUAGGGAACAUACCAUUAGGGAGCAGUUUUUCAUUUGGCAAGGUAUGAUAUUUCAGCUUAGCCAAAUGUAUAAAGUAUGUUUUGUUUAAACAUCAGAAACUAGAUUUUUUUUUUUUUACUCUUUUACAAAUAACUAGACUCGUAUAUAGAAAACACUUCAUGAUUAACAUUCUAUCCUGACUUAGAUGUUCUUUUUUUAUUAGAUGGGCAAGGAAGGGAUCAUAUUUGUUUUUCUUAGUGUGUUUGAUAGAAGAAGUGUAACUCCAUACUGGCAGAUUUCUCUGCCUGUAUAGUUCAUAUAUGUAUGUUGAUAGUUUUUGAUGUCAGACUUGUGAGAAUGGAGGUGAAAGUAAUCUGUCUCUGUGGAAAACUAAAUAAAAACAGCCUUCUAAACCAA